AUGGCCAAACGAACACUUGAUGGCUUCUUCUCGGCUACGUCCAAGAAACCAAAAGUUGCCACCCCCGACGCCGCCUGUACCAGUACCUCUGCAAACACCGCCAAUUUGGCCACCACGAGCCAUUCAACAUACCCCUGGCCAAUUCUUCAACUACCCCCAAAUAUCCAGGUCGAGUUAGAAGGACAGGUCACGGCACAAGGCAGACAAAUCAACGAUCAACCACACCUGGAUCUACUUUAUUUCCAACCAUUCAUCCCCAAGUCGAUUGAGCGGGAGCUUUUCGAAUUCCUUCGCUCGGAACUUUUCUUCUACCGGGUCAAGUAUACGAUAAAGCGGUUUGGAAAAGAGACUCUGAUCAACACUCCUCGCUUCACGACUGUCUUCGGUCUUGAUGAAACCAGCCAAUUUGACGAUGCUGGGACACGUAUUGUUGAAGCUUCGAACUCAUCCAAGAAUGUCCAUCCGAACAAGUACAAGUGCAAGCCUCGUCCAAUACCAGAAUGCCUGGAUUUUCUCCGUCGUGUCACUGAAGCCAACACGAACACGAAGUAUAACUUCUGCUUGGUGAACUACUAUGCCACUGGUAGUGAUAGUAUUUCGUAUCAUAGCGACGAUGAGCACUUCCUCGGACAGGACCCGGCCAUUGCAUCAUUCACUCUGGGUGCAAAGCGAGAUUUUCUCAUGCGUCACAAGCCUCCCAAGAGCGGCGAGCCUCCUCUGGAUACCAAGGAUCUCAAGUUGCCUUUGGCAAGUGGUGACAUGGUCCUUAUGCGGGGCAAAACUCAGUCGAAUUGGCUGCAUAGCAUUCCGAAGCGGAAAGGUGUUGAAGCUGACAGAGGUCGUAUCAACAUCACUCUGAGGCGAGCGAUGAUUCCCGCUGGUACCGAGAACUACUACCGAUAUAAUGUUGGUGAGGGUGAAGUGUAUCGGUGGGACAGGUCCAAGAAGGAGAUGAUGCCUUGGACCGGAGCAGAGAGUGUCAAAUGA